AUGUGUUGUAGUCGCGUUAGGGUUUUGGAGGAAUCAACACUGGAAAUCGAGGAGACACAAGUCGAAAUGGACAGCCCUACUGCAGUAACUACCCCUCCAGAUUCAGUUCCUACUUCGAAUGACGAUCAACCUCGGUUAAAGUUUUUGUGUAGCUUUAAUGGCAGCAUAUUGCCUCGUCCACAAGAUGGGAAACUUAGAUACGUUGGUGGAGAGACACGGAUUGUGAGUGUUCCACGAGAUAUCAAUUUUGAAGAACUGAUGGGGAAGAUGAAGGAGUUGUUUGAUGGAGCUAGUGUAUUGAAAUAUCAGCAACCAGAUGAGGAUCUCGAUGCCCUUGUUUCCGUUGUGAAUGAUGAUGAUGUCACAAAUAUGAUGGAAGACUAUGAAAAGUUAGGUUCAGGAGAUGGAUUCACUCGCCUUCGAAUCUUCUUGUUCUCAAGCAUCGAACAAGAUGACUCAAUACAUUUUGUUGAGAGAGAUGAAAGGGACAAUGAAAGAAGAUAUGUUGAUGCUUUAAACAGUCAUAAUGACUUCCCUGAAGUUCAAGGAAUGACUCCAGUGGAUGAUGUUCAGUUGAUAGAUCAGUACUACAAUCAGUUGAAUAUAGACAAUAAUCUUCAAAACCAGAGGAAUUUUGAGAUGCCAAUGAUGGGAGUUAACUUGCGCCAUGUAAACAUCCCUCAUCAACACUCUCCAACUCAAAAGUAUCCUGACAUGGAGUCACCAUGGAGUCCUGCAUACUAUUCUCCAAGACAUGAAUUCCCGAAUUCGCCCUCCUCUUCACGUUACCAUUCUCCUUAUACUGAUCAAGUUGAUAGAGUUCCUCAAGAAGAUUAUUUCAGGCAACAACAACAUUUCAAUCAUCAACCUCAGUAUGAUCAACAGUCUCCAUUACCACAGAAUCCUGUAUGGAUGCCUCCAACAAACGGUUUUCCUGGUGGAAUUUGGCAUGGAAAUUAUCCAAAUGCUUAUGGGAAUGAGAAUCUUUAUCAUCCAUCAUCACAUGGGCAUGUGCCUCCUAAUGCUUUCUGGAGAAAUGGUCAAACUCCUUCUCAUGGACAUGGACAUGGGAUUCCUCCUUAUGAUACAUCACAAGAAAAUGGUGCAUGUAACAUAGGAUAUAUAAGGACUAAUAGGGAAUCUAGUCCUAGGAUUCCAGUUGGGAUUGAGAAUCAGAAUCUUUGGGUUGAUUCAUCUCCUAAAGUCACACCCAUUAAUGGUGGUGUUAGUUUUACUGAUCAUUCUUAUGGGCAUCGUAUACAAACUGAACAAGUUCCAUUUCUGCCUACACCUGUUCAGUUUAUCCCUGAACCCGUCCAACUCAGUCAUGACCCGGUUCAGAUCAUUCCUGACCCGGUUCAUUUUACUCCUGAAAUUGUCCAAUUUACUCCUGAAAUAGUGAGUAACUUAAAGGAAAAAGAUGGUUUUGGAGGAGAAAACUUGAAUUUACCUAGCAAUCAAGUUAAUGUAGAUGAAAGCUCUCAUAAAGACAAGUCUCCUCUUAAAAAUGAAGAACAUGAGGUCUAUGAUUUGAGUAAUGCACCUCAAAAUAUUGAAUCUGUAAACAAAUCUCAGUUAGAAGGUGCUAAAGAGGUGGAAACUGAAGCUCAAGAUGAUGUGAAGGAUGCUAAAGUUUGUUUUUUUAUAGGUGAUGUGGACACAAACACAAACACAAACACAAACACACAGGUGGAUUUAGAUAGGGAUUCUGGAAGUGACAACCAAAGCAAUUCAAAGAUUGAAGAAACAAAGGCUGAAGAGGAAGCUAAGUCUAGGGGUUUACAGACAAUAAAGAAUGAUGAUCUUGAGGAAAUACGGGAGUUAGGAUCAGGUACAUAUGGAGCUGUUUAUCAUGGAAAAUGGAAGGGGUCAGAUGUAGCAAUCAAAAGAAUAAAAGCAAGUUGUUUUGCUGGAAGGCCUUCUGAAAGAGAACGUUUGAUUGCAGAUUUUUGGAAGGAGGCGUUGAUUUUAAGCUCAUUGCAUCACCCAAAUGUGGUGUCUUUUUAUGGAAUAGUUCGUGAUGGGCCAGAUGGAUCUUUGGCAACUGUAACAGAGUUCAUGGUUAAUGGAUCUCUCAAACAAUUCUUACAGAAAAAAGACAGAACUAUUGAUCGGCGUAAGAGACUUAUCAUAGCCAUGGAUGCUUCUUUUGGAAUGGAAUAUUUGCAUGGAAAAAAUAUCGUUCAUUUUGAUCUUAAAUGUGAAAACCUUCUUGUCAAUAUGAGAGAUCCACAUAGACCAAUUUGCAAGAUAGGAGAUCUUGGCCUAUCAAAAGUAAAACAACACACUUUGGUGUCUGGAGGCGUUCGAGGAACAUUGCCUUGGAUGGCACCCGAACUUCUUAGUGGCAAAAAUCACAUGGUAUCCGAAAAGAUUGAUGUUUACUCAUUUGGGAUUGUCAUGUGGGAAUUGCUCACGGGAGAUGAACCUUAUGGAGAUUUGCAUUGUGCUUCCAUAAUUGGAGGAAUUGUGAACAAUUCAUUACGUCCAACAAUCCCAACAUGGUGUGACCCCGAAUGGAAGGCAUUAAUGGCAACUUGUUGGUCUUCUGAUCCAACCGAAAGGCCUUCUUUUUCACAAAUUUCACACAAGUUAAGAACAAUGGCUGCAGCUAUCAAUGUUAAAUGAUACAAAAAGGACCCAUCAACUACCAAAAUAUGUCAAAUUCGCCCCCUGGACUUGGGAGUGUUUGGCAGCCCUUUUUGGACAUGGGGGCGGGGCUCUCUUUUGUACAUAAUAUAACUCGCGAGUCGCUAGUAUUAUUGUCGUUUGUUUUAGUAGACAAUAAUAUAUUUAGCAUGUAAAAGUAAAACAUAGAAGAUCAUUUUUUUGAUCUUAUGAAUCCCGAUGUAGACAACGUUUUAUAUGGCGAAAAUUUGUAUUUUAAUUUGGUUUAGGAAA